UUCGUAAACCCUAAUUCCUGGAAUUUCUGGAAUCCCACCUGCGCCACCUCGUAACCCUCGAAGAAGCCCAGACCCGUUCCGUGUCGUCGAGACGCGACUCCCCUCGCCGAGAUCUAAAUCUUGAUCCUUGAUCAUCCCGUCGAUCCCGUCCAGUCUCCGUUUCAAUCGAACUCCGCUAAGGUUUCGCCAUGGUGCUUGGCGACGACUCCUCAUCCGCGCCGCCCGGCGACGCCCAGACCCCUUCACCAGGCUCAAAGCUCCCCUCGGACUCCAACCCGGCUGCGGGGAACGACGACAGCGAAGUAGAGACGCUAGCUCGCCAGGUCCAGGAAAGCCUCGCACUUGGCACGCACCACCGUUUCUGGGAGACCCAGCCAGUCGGUCAAUUCAAUGAUCUCGGCGACACCAGCCUCCCCGAGGGCCCGAUCGAGCCACCAUCCCCCCUGUCGGACGUCAAGUCGGAGCCUUACAACCUCCCCGCCCCUUACGAGUGGACCACCUGCGACAUGGACGACGAGCAGACCUGCACCGAGGUCUACAAUCUCCUCUCCCUCAACUACGUCGAAGACGACGAGAAUCUAUUCCGCUUCAACUACUCCAAGGAGUUCCUCCGGUGGGCCCUCCACCCGCCGGGCUACUUCAAGGCCUGGCAUAUAGGGGUGCGGGUGAAGGCAACCAAAAAGCUCGUAGCUUUCAUCACCGGGGUGCCCGCCAGGAUCAGAGUCCGCGAGGAUGUGGUUCGCAUGGCAGAGGUGAACUUCUUGUGCGUCCACAAGAAGCUGAGAUCGAAGCGACUCGCGCCGGUGAUGAUAAAGGAGGUCACGAGGAGGGUCCAUCUGGAAAACAUCUGGCAGGCGGUGUACACAGCCGGAGUUGUCCUCCCGACUCCUAUCACAACCUGCCGUUACUGGCACAGGUCUCUGAAUCCGAAGAAGCUCAUAGAUGUCGGGUUCUCACGGCUUGGAGCUCGGAUGACUGUGAGCCGGACGAUUAGGCUAUACAAGUUGCCAGAAUCGACGGUGACCCCGGGUUUCAGGAAGAUGGAACUUCGUGAUGUUCCCGCUGUAACCAGGCUUCUAAGGCAGUUCUUGAGUCAGUUUGUGGUAGCACCGGACUUUGAUGAGAAUGAUGUGGAGCAUUGGCUUCUUCCAUUGGAGAACGUGGUGGAUAGUUACUUGAUUGUGAGCCCUGAGACUCAGGAAGUCACAGACUUUUGCAGCUUCUAUACUCUUCCAGCUUCUAUUCUCAACAACCCGAAUUACUCGGUCUUAAAGGCUGCAUACUCUUUCUACAAUGUGUCAACAAAAACUCCUUUGCUCCAGCUGAUGAACGACGCUCUAAUUGUGGCAAAGCAGCAGGACUAUGAUGUCUUCAAUGCUCUUGAUGUCAUGCAUAACGAAGCCGUCCUUAAGGAACUGAAAUUUGGACCUGGCGACGGUCAUCUCCACUACUAUCUGUACAACUACCGGAUCAGAAAUGGUCUAAGACCAUCGGAAUUAGGCCUUGUUCUUCUAUAGGUUGCUCUUAUGAUCUCAGUUCUCUAUUUGGUUGUCUAUUGCCUGUGCUUUUUCUGUUUUCUAUUGAUAACAAUGUGUUUUUUUUUUCCUCAUAGUAAUCCUGGAUCUCAUUUAUCUUGCAUUGAGACUAUUGAGGAAUCCAUUGUUAGGUUUCUUGAGGAAAUUAUUAUUAUUAUUAUUAUUA